AUGUGGCUCUAUCCUGAGGGUGGAGUGUCUGUGAACCACACUGCCCACACCUUCUUCACUCCCGCCAACACCGGCUGCACCCCAAACCAUGAGAUGCUCGAGGAGGAGCAUGAGGUGGCUGUGCUGGGGGCACCCCACAACCCCGCUCCACCGAGGUCCCCAGUGCUCCACAUCCACAGUGACACCUCCUUGCCCGACCAUGUUGUCUGGUCCCUGCUCAACACCCUCUUAGUGAACUGCUGCUGCCUGGGCUUCAUUGCAUUCACCUACUCCAUCAAGUCAAGGGACAGGAAGAUGGUUGGUAACCUGACCGGGGCCCAGGCCUAUGCCUCCACCGCCAAGUGCCUGAACGUCUGGGCCCCGGUUCUGUGCAUCCUCAGGACUGUUCUGCUCAUCAUCAUCCCAGUGCUGAUCUUCGAAGUCUAUGGAUAGAACAGGAGGCAGCCUCCAGGCCAGGAGCUCUGCCUACCACGUGUCUCCCACGCAC